AUGCCUCUCCACCACAUCCAUCGUCGCUGCCGCGGCCUACGAAGCCAUCUGCUUUGCAUCCAACACUCCUAUCGCUUCGCAGACCCAGCUCGCAUCCUGCCAACAUCCGCAAAGGCACCCCCAAAAGCCGAACUCGUCCAAACUUGGCCUCUCACCUCCUCGUUUCGCCAGCUCUUUGCUGCGUCCUUCCUCACAAUGGCUUCGGCUCAGUCGGCUGCCUCGCAGCCAGCGCAGCCCGUGCUCAGGACAAAAACGCCCUCCUACCACGCCCCGCCAUCCACCGACAAACUCUCGGGCGCCACCAUCCACACCCUCCGCUGCCUCGACACCCCCAUCCAUCUCGGCUACCACCUCAUCCCGCACAUCGCAAAGACCCUUCUGGCUACCCUCCCCUCCUCCACCUACGUCCUCAUCACCGACCAGAACCUCGAGUCCAGAUGCAGCGUCACCACCGCCUUCCGCAGAGAGUUCGAAAAGGCCGCCGACGCCCUCAACUCCACCCACACCUGGAGGCUCCUCACCAAGGUCAUCCCUCCGGGCGAGGGCUCCAAGUCGCGUGAGGGCAAGAACGACAUCGAAGACUGGAUGCUCGAGAACCGCGUCACUCGCGACGCUGUCGUACUCGCCGUCGGCGGCGGUGUGAUUGGCGACCUCGUCGGCUUCGUCGCAGCCACCUUCAUGCGUGGUCUCAAGUUUGUUCAGAUCCCCACCACCCUCCUCGCCAUGGUCGACUCGGCCGUCGGCGGCAAGACCGCCAUCGACCACCCGCUCGGCAAGAACCUCAUCGGCAGCUUCCACCAGCCGAACUACGUCUUCAUCGACGCUGCCUGGCUCAAGACCCUCCCGCCCCGAGAGUUCAGCAACGGCAUGGCUGAGGUGGUCAAGACAGCCGCCAUCUGGGACCCCAUCGACUUUGCCAAGCUCGAGUCCAGCGCUCCCGCCAUCCGCUCCGCCGUCCUUGGGCCCUUCGCCUCCGACGCCCCGCUCGACCAGGGCAGGACCCUCGACACGCGCACCGAAUCCCAGUCGCUCUUGCUCGACGUCAUCCGCGGCUCCGUCGGCGUCAAGGCGCACAUCGUCACCAUCGACGAAAAGGAGACCGGCCUUCGCAACCUUGUCAACUUUGGCCACACUAUCGGCCACGCCAUCGAGGCCGUCCUCACCCCCGAGAUGCUCCACGGCGAGUGCGUCUCCAUCGGCAUGAUCCUCGAGGCAGAGGUCGCGCGCUACAUGCACGGCCUCAGCCAGGUCGCCAUCGGUCGCCUCACUCGCUGCCUCAAGGAGUACGACCUCCCUGUCUCGCUCUCCGACUCCCGCGUCACCCGCCUUCCCAGGUCCCUCGACGUCACCGUCGACCGCCUCCUCGACAUCAUGAAGGUCGACAAGAAGAACUCGGGCUCCAACAAGAAGAUCGUCCUUCUUAACUCCAUCGGCGACACCGUCGAAGACAUGGCCUCCACCGUCAGCGACGACAUCAUCCGCCGCGUUCUCUCCCUCGGCGCCACCGUCACGCCCAUCCUCGAGCAGCCCAACAACGCCAAGGUCACCCUCUCCACUCCAGGCUCCAAAUCCAUCUCCAACCGCGCGCUUGUCCUCGCUGCUCUUGCCGGCAACACCUGCCGACUCCGCAACAUGCUUCACUCGGACGACACCCAGGUCAUGAUGGCCGGUCUCACAGACCUCCACGCCGCUCGCUUCGAGUUCGAGGACGGAGGAGAGACCAUCGUCGUCCACGGCAACAACGGCGACCUCCGUCGCCCCGCCAACAACAAGCACAUCUACCUCCAGAACGCAGGUACCGCUGCACGCUUCAUGGCCACCGUCGUCACCCUCGUCGGAAACGACGGCACCCAGGAUCCCGUCGUCAUCACCGGCAACAAGCGCAUGAAGGAGCGCCCCAUCGGUGCCCUCGUCGACGCCCUCCGAUCCAACGGCACCUCGAUCGACUACCUCGAGGGCCAGGGCUGCCUGCCUCUCGCCGUCAAGGGAACCGCCAGCGGCUUUAAGGGCGGCAAGAUCCAGCUCUCGGCCACCAUCUCGUCCCAGUACGUCUCGUCCAUCCUCCUCUGCGCGCCCUACGCCGCCGAAGAGGUCGUGCUCGAGCUCGUCGGCGGUCAGGUCAUCUCGCAGCUUUACAUCGACAUGACUAUCGCCAUGAUGGCCACCUUCGGCAUCAAGGUCGAGCGCCUCGCAGAUCCUGCCACCGGCCGCCUCUCCAACACCUACCGCAUCCCCAAGGGCCGCUACGUCUCGCCCGCCGUCUACGACAUCGAGAGCGACGCCAGCAGUGCCACCUACCCGCUGGCCAUCGCCGCCAUCACGGGCACCGAGUGCACCGUCCCCAACAUCGGCUCCGCCUCUCUCCAGGGUGACGCCCGCUUCGCCAAGGAGGUGCUCGAGCCCAUGGGCUGCACCGUCGUCCAGACCGCCACAUCCACCACCGUCGUUGGACCCAAGGUCGGUAACCUGCGCCAGAUUGGCCUGGUCGACAUGGAGCCUAUGACCGACGCCUUCCUCACUGCCUCGGUCCUCCUCGCCGUCGCUGCCCAGCCGCCGGCGAACGGCUCCACCUCGACUGCUCGCCCGUCUACGCGCAUCACCGGCAUCGCAAACCAGCGCGUCAAGGAGUGCAACCGCAUCCGUGCCAUGAUGGACGAGCUCGCCAAGUUCGGCGUCGACACCAAAGAGCACGAGGAUGGCCUCGAGAUCUUUGGCAUCGACUACCGUCAGCUCCGCCCCGACGUUCGUGUCCACUGCUACGACGACCAUCGCGUCGCCAUGGCCUUCUCCGUGCUCGCAAGCUUGGCUCCCGGUGCCAUUCUCGAGGAGAAGCGCUGUGUCGAGAAGACCUGGCCCAACUGGUGGGAUGACCUCGAGCGCAAGCUUGGCAUCCGUGCCCAUGGCGUCGAUCCCGAGUGCUCGCCCAGCCUCUGCAUCUCGCCUUCUCAUUUCAGCAAGGCGAGUGUGGCCAAGCCAAGCGCCAACGGCAAGCAGCCUGCCUCACUCGCCGAGUUUGCCGGCGGCCGCACGCUGCUCCCGCGCAAAUACAGCAAAGAUGCUACGAUCAUUUGCAUCGGCAUGCGUGCCUCGGGCAAGACUUUCCUCGGCGCAAUCGGCGCUGCUGCGCUUGGACGAACCUUCCUCGACGCCGAUGUCGUCUUCAACGAGAAGCUAGGUGUCAAGGAUGGCCUGGGUGACUAUGUCAAGCAGUACGGCUGGCCUGCUUUCCGUCAGAAAGAGCUCGAGGUGCUCGAGGAGUUGAUGCACCGCCAUCCUACCGGCGCGCUUAUCUCGCUUGGUGGCGGCGUCGUCGAGACCGAGGCGUGCCGCAACAUCUUGGCCGACUACGCCAAGAACCGAGGCCCCGUGGUGUACAUUGUGCGAGACACGGAUGCCAUCGUCAACUUCCUCUCUACCAGCGAUCGCCCUGCUUAUGGCGAGCCCAUCAUGGACGUCUUCCGUCGUCGCGACCCCUGGUUCCGCGAGUGCUCGUCCUUUGAGCUCGUCUCGUACUCGGAAGGCGAGCUGCUGGCCGUCCAGCCGUCCGCGAUUAACGUGCCCGACCCGUCCUUCACGAUCCAGAAGCGUUUCGGACUCGAGUCCGAGGUGGCGCGAUUCUUCAAGUUCGUCACGGGACAGGAUACGAACCAGGUCAACGAUCUGGUCGUUGACAGCCGCAACGCCGGCCGUCGCACCUACUUUCUCAGCCUCACCUUCCCCGAUGUCGUGCCCAAGCUCGAGUUGAUCAGGAGCAUGGAGUCGGGUGCGGAUGCGCUCGAGUUCCGUGCUGACCUACUCAAUGCCUCCGGCGAGCCUGUCACCUCGCCCCAGCUGCCUGAUGUCGAGUACGUCAAGAGUCAGCUUGCAGCCCUGCGACACCGCACAUCGCUGCCGAUCGUCUUCACCGUGCGCACGCACUCGCAGGGCGGUAUGUUCCCCGACGGCUACCAGAAGGAGUACUUUGAGCUCAUCAGCGUCGCCCUCCGCCACUGCUGCGAGUACGUCGACCUGGAGCUCGGCUGGGACGACGAUGCGCUGGCUGCUGUCGUGGCCGCCAAGGGCUCCAGCCAGAUCAUUGGCUCGUUCCACGACUGGAGCGGAAAGCUCGACUGGGAGAGCGACGCCACGGCCAAGAUCUACGAGCGUGCCUGCCGCUUCGGCGACAUUGCCAAGAUCAUCGGCAAGGCCAACUCGAUGGACGACAACUACAGCCUCGAGCGCUUCCGCACCAAGGUGUCGGCGUCAGCUACCAAGCCGUUGCUCGCGGUCAACAUGGGUGCGGCGGGUCAGUUCAGCAGGAUCGUCAACCCCGUCUUCACGCCCAUCACGCACGAGGCCAUGCCUUUCAAGGCGGCUCCGGGCCAGCUCUCGUUCCGUGAAGUUCAGAACGCUCUGACGCUGAUCGGCAAGACCGAGCCGCAGCAGUUCGCGCUGUUCGGCAACCCUAUUGGCCACAGUCUGAGCCCGCUGCUGCACAACACCGGGUUUGCAGCGCUCGGACUGCCGCACCACUACCAGCUGCUCCAGACGCGCGAGGUCGGAGAGACCCUGGACGCCUUCGUGCACGCUCCGAACUUUGGCGGCGCCAGCGUCACCAUCCCGCACAAGAUCGCCAUCAUUCGACUGCUCGACCGCGUGACGGACGAGGCCAAGGCGAUCGGCGCGGUCAACACGGUAAUCCCCGUGCGCGACGCCAUGGGCAAAGUCACGUCGCUCGUGGGUGACAAUACGGACUGGAUCGCGAUCGAGACGCUUGCGAGGCGCUCGCUGCGCACCGUGCACCUGGCCAACCCCAAGCUGACGGGUCUGGUGAUUGGUGCUGGUGGCUCUGCGCGUGCUGCGAUCUUUGCCCUCUACCGCCUUGGUGUCAAGCGCAUCCUGCUCUACAACCGCACGUAUGCCAACGCCGAGUCGCUGGUCAGGGUCCUGCCCGUCGAGUGGAACGUCGAGGUGCUGUCGUCGCUCGACGAGAUUGCAGCCUUGGCGCCCGAGGAGGCGCCUAGCGUCGUCGUUUCCAACAUCCCUGCCGAGGGUACUACGCUUGACAGCGCUGCCAAGGGACUGAUCUACCUGCCGCCGUCCAUCCUGCGCAACCCGGCAGGCGGCGUGGCAAUCGACAUGAGCUACAAGCCGUACUCGACGAGCCUGCUCCAGCUUGCGCAGCAGGUCAACACGCAGACCGAGCUUGCGAUCGGCACGAACACGACCAAGGCGCCCAGCAGGAAGCUCUGGUCCACGUGCCCCGGCAUCACGAUCCUGCUCGAGCAGGGAUGCCACCAGUUCAAGCGCUGGACCGGUCGCGAGGCGCCCAGGGCGCAGAUUGAGCAUGCCGCCUGGGAGGAGUACCUCCAGCGAUAG